AUGUCCGAACAGGAACACGGACAUGUCCGCAGAUUGAUCUUCACCUCUCAUUUAUUGUCCACUUGGAAUUCACGAGUAUUCGAGUUCGGUGCUUUCCUCUUCCUCGCCAACAUCUAUCCUGAUACACUUCUUCCUGCUUCUAUUUACGCCUUGGCUAGAGCCGCUUCGGCCGCCGUCCUAUCUCCAUGGAUCGGCUCGUAUAUAGACAAGACGGAUCGACUGAGAGCGGUCCGGAUAUCUAUAGGCAACCCUGACUUUCUUCGUCCAGUUGGUCAGCGCGUUGCGGUUGCACUUUCCUGCGUUGCAUUGUAUCUGCUCGCACGAUUUGAAAGCAUGCGGAGUGGAGUGGACUCUACCCUAUUCCUCGCUGGUCUUGCCCUCCUGGCUUGUGUCGAGAAGCUGAGCGCCGUCCUCAACACUAUUUCAGUGGAAAGAGAUUGGGUCGUGAUCGUUGCUGGUGGUCAUGAAGAGCGCCUUCGAGACCUGAAUGCUCAAAUGCGUCGAAUUGACCUGUUCUGCAAACUCAUCGGUCCGCUAGCCAUCGCCUUCGUGGACGGGGCAUCUCCUGAGGUCGCCAUCAUGGCCACAGGUUGUAUGACGAUGAUGUCUGUCCUCGUGGAAUACUGGACUAUCGCUCGCGUGUACAAUUUCGUGCCAGCACUUCAAGCGCCCAAGGAAGUCGCCUCAACGAGAACAGAUCGAACCAUGGCCACGAAGAUCAAGUCGUCUCUUGCGGGUACAGCGAUAUACAUCAAGCACCGAGCCUUCUUACCAUCACUAGCGCUGGCGUUGCUCUAUCUUACUGUCCUCGCAUUCGGGGGACAAAUGCUCACGUAUCUCCUCAGCUUAGGCCUAUCAUCCGGCCUGAUAGGUGUAUUGCGCGGCAUCUCCGCCAUCUUUGAGAUGUCAGCGACCUGGAUCGCCCCCCGGAUCAUGUCACACAUUGGACCUGUUCGCAGUGGGAUCUGGUUCAUCAAUUGGCAGAUCCUCUGCGUCUCGAUUGCCUGCGCUUUCUUCUGGCUCGACUACAACCCUACCGUUGCAGCUAUCGGCACGGUCACAGCAGUGAUUGCAAGUCGAGUGGGGCUCUGGGGCUUCGAUCUCAGUGCGCAGAUGAUUGUACAGGAAGAAGUCGAGCCAAUACACCGAGGGACUUUCUCAUCGCAAGAGUUUGCGUUGCAGAAUGUGUUCGAAAUGCUUGCGUUCGCCAGUACGAUUGUAUUUCCGAGGCCGGCAGAGUUCAAGUAUCCUGCAACCAUCAGCGCUGGAGCCGUGGCGGUUGCGGGAGUACUGUACGCGGUGUUCGUACGGUCAAGACGAGGGCAUCUACUGCACUGGAGCAAGUGUGUCGAACGGCAUGGGAAGAAGAGCGGUGCGCACGGUUGGACGAGAGUCCCGGGUCAUGAUAUCGCGGACCAAGCAGACGACCCCGAGCAUGAGCUCAACGGCCUUCUGCCGGCCGCAGGUCGUGCAUGA